AUGGCAAGGGAGACCUUCCCCUUCACCUCCUCCACCCUGCGCUCUCUCCGCCUGCAGCGGGAGUGGCUGGAAUGGGAGGACCGGCGGCGGGCUGCAGCCCAGCAGUGCCAGAGCCAAAGGUGCCCCCCAAGUUCCCGGGCCCAACUCACUAGGCCGCGCCGCUCCUGCCGGGACCCAGCUGUGCACAAUGCCCUGUUCUCCGGUGACCUGCAACAGAUCCAAGCCCUGUUCCAAGAUGAAGACGCUGCCAACAUGAUUGUGGAGACAGUGAGCAACCAGCUGGCCUGGUCAGCUGAACAGGGGUUCUGGGUGCUGACCCCCAAAGCCAAGCAUACGGCACCGCUCACCAUCGCUGCUGCCCGAGGCUACACCGACUGCGCCCGCUACCUGAUCCGGCAGGGAGCUGAGCUGGACGCCCGGGUUGGGGGCCGGGCCGCCUUGCACGAGGCCUGUGCCCGGGCCCAGUCCGACUGUGUGCGGUUGCUGCUGACCUUCGGCGCCAAGGUCAAUGUGUUGUCUGAGGAAGGCACGACCCCCUUGCACCUCUGCACAACCCCUGAGUCCUUACAGUGCGCCAAGCAGCUGCUGGAGGCGGGAGCAACCGUGAACUUGGCGGUGCAGGACAGCGAGGUGACGCCCCUGCACGUGGCGGCGGCACGAGGCCUGGAGCAGCACGUGGCUCUCUACCUGGAGCACGGCGCCGAUGUGAACCUGCGCACCAGCCAGGGCGAGACGGCCCUGAACGCCGCGUGCGCGGGGGCCGAGGGCCCGGGCAGCAGUCGGAAGCACCAGGCCGCCGCGCGCCGGCUCCUGAAAGCCGGGGCAGAUGCCCGGGCAGCAGGGCGCAAGCGCCACACGCCGCUGCACAACGCCUGUGCCAACGGCUGCGGGGGCCUGGCCGAGCUGCUGCUGCACCACGGGGCCUGCGCCGCAGUUCCCAACGGGGCGGGCCACACGCCCAUGGACUGCGCGCUGCAGGCCGUCCAGGACGCCCCCAACUGGGAGCCCGAGAUUCUCUUUGCUGCGCUGCUGGACUAUGGGGCCCAGCCUGUGCGCCCUGAGAUGCUGAGACACUGUGCCAACUUCCCUCGAGCCUUGGAAGUCCUGCUUAAUGCCUACCCUUGUGUUCCAUCCUGUGAUACCUGGGUUGAGGCAGUGCUUCCAGAGCUGUGGCAGGAGCACGAAGCCUUCUACAGCUCGGCCCUGUGCAUGGUGAAUCAGCCGAGGCGGCUGCAGCACCUGGCCCGGCUGGCCGUACGCGCUCAGCUGGGUAGCCGCUGCCGACAGGCUGCCGCCCGCCUCCCCCUGCCCCCGCUCCUCAGGGACUACCUGCUGCUGCGUGUGGACGGGUGUAUCCAGUGA